AUGUUCGCAUUGCAUCUCAUCUCCAUCGUGGUCUUCAUGUUCUCCCUGGGCCAGACAACUGACAUGCAGGACGGGCAUCUACCCAGACCCUCCAUCUUUGCUGACCCAGGCAAUGUGCUACCUAGCGGGAUAUCGUUGGUCAUCACAUGCAGGAGCCUUGCUGGGUUUGAGCGGUUCCGCCUGGAGAAGGAAAAUCUCAGAAUCGUAGAUGUGAUAAACUCCUCUUCUUCUAAGACUGAAGCCAGGUUCUACCUUGGUACAGUGAGGAAAGACACUGCUGGACACUAUAGCUGUCUCUAUAAGGUAAAGAACACCUGGUCCCCACGAAGUGAGACCCUGCAACUGAAGGUCAUUCGUGAGGACAUCACCGAGACCUCUUCUCCGAUAUCAGAAGUGACCUCAGUGGAGUCUAAAAAGCCCCUCCUGUCUGCCUGGCCAAGCCCCAUCGUUCCCAUCGGAGAGCGUGUGACUCUGUACUGUCAGUCUGAGCUUGGGUUUGAAACGUACAGACUGUUCAAAGAACACAGGGGUCGCAGCCUCCAGACAAAGGACUUCAACUCCCAGCAGAGCUUUGUGAUAGGCCCUGUGACCACAGAACAUGCAGGGAUCUACAGAUGCCAGGGAUUUGACUCUAAAUCUCUUUAUGGAUCAUCAGAACUGAGUGAUAGCCUGGUGAUUGCGGUCACAGGAAAUUUCCCCAUACCUACCAUCUGGGCUGAGCCAGACUCUGUGGUCACCAAGGGACAAGCUGUUACUAUCUGGUGUCUUGGGAUGCCAGAAGCUCAGGAGUACUAUCUGUAUAAAGAUGAAGGUUCAAAACCCUUGAAGACACAGAUCUUACUCAAGCCUGGGGAUAAGGCCAACUUCUCCAUCCCAUUCAUGACGGAGUACGAUGCAGGGCUAUACCACUGCUACUACUAUAGCCCUGCUGGCUGGUCAAACCACAGUGACUUCCUAGAGCUUGUGGUGACAGGAUUCUACAGCAAACCCAAUAUCUCAGCCCUGCCAAGCUCCCUGGUGGCCUCAGGAGGGAAUGUCACCCUCCAGUGUAGCUCACAUCAGGGAUACCGAAGGUUCAUUCUUAUCAAGGAAGGAGAAAAGACUGUGUCCUGGACUCAGAACUCACAGAAGCAACACAAUGGACAUUUUCUGGCCCUGUUCCCUGUGGGACCAGUGUCUUCCAAACACAGAUGGGCCUUCAGGUGCUAUGGCUACUACAAGAGAACGUCCCAGAUGUGGUCCAUACCCAGUGAGACCCUGCAGCUGCUUCUUUCAGAUUCACCCUCACAAGAUCACACAGUUGAGAAUCUCAUCAGGAUGGCUGUGGCUGGCUUGGUUCUGGUGGUUCUUAGGAUUCUUCUGUUUGAGGCUCGAAACAGCCAGGGACACCCUCAAGGUGAAGUGUGGAGGUGA